AUGUUACGAGAAAGGUCAGCAUUACGUACCGAUUCACUGUUACUGGAAACGUUAAUAACACGCAAUUCGAUGGGUUCAACGCUACGGCUGAUAAUUGUUUCACGUGAUGGUUCUACAAUACGGUUAAUAAUUGUUUCGCGUGAUGGUCCGAUGUUACGGCCAAUAAUUGUUUCACGUGAUGGUUCAACGUUACAAAUAGAUUCGACGGAAUGGGCAAUUAUACUACGAGAUGUGUCGGUAGUGCGUGAUGCAUCAGUUGUCCCGUUUGGGACAUCUGCCUUUCGAAUGACUGGUGAAACA